CCAAUCACUAGCUGCGGUGGGAGCUUGACGUAGGCCUGAAGUGAUGAGUUUUGUUGUGAUCUCGCUGUAGAUGCUUUCCGUUCACAUCAAGUUUGCGAAAAACACUAUAAAAACGUUUAAUAAUUCGAUUAGCAAUAAAAAAUCAGCUCUUAACCGGCAUGAACUGUAAUUUAAAGUGAAAAAUUAGGGCUCAAAAUGACUGACAAGAGCGGCUUAAAAACUGACAGCAAGCACUCCAUCAGCGUAAUUAUCGAGGGAAAAACAUUGAAUGUGGGCCGCGAUGUGCUCAUCAAAUGCAGCACAUUUUUUGAAACUGCCCUGCACCCUCGACAGACUGGAUUCAUUGAUCAUGACAGUGAUACGUUCCCACUUUCGGAUCUGAGUUUGGAGAACUUUGAAGCGAUGCUGGAGUAUUUUACCAAUUGCGAUGAUGAAUUGAAACUAAAACAGACCCUCUCCAAGUACAAGAUGACUCCUGCGUUGUACCUUCUUUUUUCCAGAUUUAUGGUCAAAUUUGACUACGAUUCCUUGGCAGCAAAGUCGAUCAAUCUGGAAAACGUUUAUGAAUUCAAAGAAAUUGCUGAAGCAACCGGCUCGACUCAGCUUGAAAGGUACUCGCAGUUUGUGCUUCAUUCGCGCUUUUUGGAAUUCCGAAAGACUGUGUCCUACCGAAAAUUGGAUCUGAAAGAGAUUGUUGACUACCUGGGCAGCCGAAAGCUUAUGUACAGCUCAGAAAAAGAGGUUCUCGAAGCCGUAAUUUGGUGGAUCAAAUACGAUGUCAAAAAUAGAGCCAAUUUCCACCGUGAACUCUUCACCCUUGUUGACUGGAGCAAAAUCACAAAGGCACAAAUUAAAUUUGCUCUGGACAUGAAAACCGUCAAGAAAUGUCCCGGGUUUGUCGCACAAGAACUGCACUCUCUGCUCAAAUCCAAAAGCGACCAUUUGACGAUGUUGUCCUUUAAAAAGAUGCCCCACCCGUUGUAUUUGAUGCUAGAAGGUGUGCAUUCACCUGAGAAUGAAGUAAAAGAGCUUCAUCCAAGAGAAGAGAAAUGCUUUACUUUCUACAACGUCGAGGGUGGAUUGUUUAUCGAAGACUAUAUCACUACCAAAAACCAUCCUCAGGGAUGUUGCGUUGCAUUUUACGAGGGCUCCUUAAUAGUGUUUGGUGGCAUUUUCAAUAUAACGACGUCGAAUUGGAACCUAGAGAUCAAAGCUUUCAACUUGUAUUUAAAAGUGUGGACCACUAUUGGCCGACUGCAAACUCCUCGAAGACACUUCCAACUAGUGCAGGUCAAGGACGAAUUCUAUUUGCUGGGUGGCUUUACAAAAUAUCGCGAGCCAUCACUGUUUGUGGAAAAAUUCCAUAUCAAAACUGGUGAGACCACGAUGUGCGCCAAAUUAUUGAGUAGACUGCAAAGCCCGGUCAAAUGUUGCCAUGUUAUGGAUCAUAUCUGCGUCUUCAGCGAGAACAGAGAUAGUAGUGUAAUCUACAAGUACUCCAUAAUGAGAGACGUUUGGACCGUGGAGCAUUUGGAGCUGGCCAAAAAACACAGAGAGCUGGACUUGGUCUUCCCAUACAGAGACAGCGUCUACUUGCCUGGAGAUGUGCAUCCGUGCAUUCUGAGGCGAAAGAUAACAAAAAUACCUGAAGGUGGAAUUUUUUUCAGUAAAGCUGAACCAGUGAAGGCAUUUGAUAAUUUGGAUGAAAUAGUGCUGAAUUUUUUCACGCAUGACUGCGCUAUUUUUGCCUUCUGCAGUUCAAUAGUUCCUAAGCCCGAUGGGUACUCCCUGAAGUCCUACGAUAUUGAAACUAAGAAAGAAAAGAUAAUAUUGCUCCCUAAUCUCAUGGCCUAUUUACAUCAAGUGGUACAGAAGGAAGUGGACUUUGUUCAUACGAUGCGAGCACAUUCAGUGCAUCCUAUCUUCUAGGUACUGGAGGCUUAAACUAAUGUAAAAUGAACAAAAUAAAUAUAAAUUAGACUGAA